GGCAGCCGCUGGGAGGGCAGAGCCUCCUCUAAGAGCCCUGUGCCUGCGUCAUCCGCUCCUCCAGAUGGGCUGCAGAGAGGGCUCGGUGCUGCCGUGCCGCGAUUUGGAGCUGUGCGCUGUAGGUCCUUCCCCCCAAGUGGCCUGAUGGUGGUGUGGAGUGGCUGGUCCUGUCAAUAACCCGAGUGUCCCGGCUUUAUCUGGGAGCAAUCAGGAGGAAAGGCAUGUCUCCUGCUCUGGUGGGGCUAAGCCUGGAUGCUCCCCGCCCCAGAAUAUGAGUCAAGGAUCUCAGAGGUGCUGCUGGGGGGUGGCGAGGGGUCACCUUUCCCUGCUGACUUGCUUCACCCUACAGGGGGCUGCCACUAAGCUGGGGAUUUGUCCUAAGUGCUGCAGGUUACAGGGAGGGAUGUGAGCUGGGAGUCUGGGCUCUGGCAGCCUGCAGAUGGAGGGGAAUCCCUGGCAAGGUAAAAUGCCCCAUUUGCAGAUGGCCUACCCGAACACAAGCUUCACUGCACAGUUUAUCUUUUCAGUUCUCACUUAGCAUCUCUAAUAUCCCAGGGAGUGCAUGUAACAGGUAGACUGUAUGGCAGGUACCUGCAAGGUGUCUGAAAACAGACAGAUUGGAUAUGGCUCAGUACGACCGAGGAGCUGAAUUUUGCAGCUGGUAUUAUUCCCGGUGUCUCCUUGCUGCCUUUGUUUUGGAAGCAAAUGGCUCUCUAACUGCAUUGAAUUGCCUGACUACCUUGCACGGCCGGGAUCUAAUUACCUGUGGAGCUGGGAGCCCUGUCUGUGAGCGGCACCGAGACUUUUGCUUUUAAUGACUUGUUCUGCAAUGUUCAGAGUUUGGCAAUGUCGGGGAGGCUGCCAGGACUGGCUGUUGGUGCCACCGUGCUCACACCGCGAUGGCUGGGAAAGUUAAUAAGAGAUGGGAUGUCUUGGGCCAAGCAUCCAUGGCACAGCACUGGGUUGAAAACAGAAUAAAUGGAUCUAGUGAAGAGCACAGCUCUCUGCCGUGUCUUGAGGAGUAAGCUGGAUCACUAGAAAAGUGAGUAGAAAAACACAGCCAGAAAGAGUGAGUUUUCAUCCUGCUCUGUCAUGAUGCUCUGGCAGAGGCAAAGUGUGGCCAAAUGCCAUUUAGCCCCAGCCAGCAGCAGGGCAGCCCCCAGAGAGAUUGAUGAGUGACUGGGGAGCGAGGCACAGCUGGACUCUCAUCUCCUUCCCUGUGCCACGAGCUAUCUCCGUCCUCCUGUUAAUGUUUACAAGGCAGGUCCGGCAGCAUCCAAGUCUGUCCAAAGACCAGAUCCCGCCCCGGCUUUCCCGGGAUCCUUUUUCCUGCUGGCUGGGGCAGGAGCACAGGACGGUGUCAGGGAGGAAGAACGCGGCUCCCUGCUGGCUGUGUAACAGUAUCGGCCCCGCUGCUGUCCCUGCAGCCAGCUCCAGCUCCGCUUCCCCACUCGCAGCGCAGAUGAGUAAUGCCACACGUGCUGUGCCCUCUCCGUUGGCACCUGGCACACCAGGGCCUGGCACAGCAGCCAGGCUGGCCUCAGCCCCACCAUUCUCAGCUGUUGCCCUGCUUACGGCUGCCCACAACAACUCCCAGGAGGAUCAGCAGCUUUUCCUGACCACGACAGCAGCACAGGUCAUCUCUGGCAUCUUCGUGUGGUCAGCACUCAUCGUCACCUUCCACCAGAUCUACACACACCUGAGGAAUUACACCAUCCCCAAGGAGCAGCGCUACAUCAUCCGCAUCCUCUUCAUCGUGCCUGUCUACGCCUUCGACUCCUGGCUCAGCCUCCUCCUCCUCGGCAGCCACCAGUACUAUGUCUACUUCGACUCGGUGCGGGACUGCUAUGAAGCUUUUGUGAUUUACAGCUUCCUGAGCCUGUGCUUCGAGUACCUUGGAGGGGAGAGCACCAUCAUGGCAGAGAUCCGAGGGAAGCCCAUUGCGUCCAGCUGCUUUUAUGGGACCUGCUGCCUUCAGGGUAUGUCCUACUCCAUCGGGUUCCUACGCUUCUGCAAGCAGGCCACGCUGCAGUUCUGCAUUGUGAAACCCCUCAUGGCAAUUGUCACCAUCAUCCUGCAGGCAUUUGGGAAGUACCACGAUGGAGACUUCAAUGUCCACAGUGGAUACCUCUACAUCACCAUCAUCUACAACUUCUCUGUCAGCCUGGCCCUUUACGCCCUUUUCCUCUUCUACUUCGCCACCAUGGACCUGCUGCGCCCAUUUGAGCCAGUCCUUAAGUUCAUCACCAUCAAGGCUGUCAUCUUCCUCUCCUUCUGGCAAGGGACACUGCUGGCAAUCCUGGAGAAAUGUGGGGUGAUCCCUGAAGUUCAGAUCAUCGAUGGGAAGGAGGUGGGAGCUGGUACAGUGGCUGCUGGCUACCAGAACUUCAUCAUCUGCAUUGAAAUGUUCUUCGCUUCCAUUGCCCUGCGCUACGCAUUCACCUGCCACGUCUAUAGGGAGAAGAAAGAAAACUCAACAGCAAACCUCGCCCCGAUGCAGAGCAUCUCGAGUGGGCUGAAGGAGACCAUCAGUCCCCAGGACAUUGUGCAGGAUGCCAUCCACAACUUCUCACCCACAUACCAGCACUACACCCAGCAGUCCAUGCAGGAGGCAGAGCGCAAAGCACCGGGGGACAACGGGCACGUGGCCUCCAAGAUAGAUGGACAGAGCAGCAGGAAGAGCAAAAACAUUGAAAAGAGAAUGCUAAUCCUGUCAGAUGAGGAGCUGUAGGAGGUAUCAGAAGAGAAACUGACACUGAAGAGCUUUUAACCCAUGCAGAGGGGAGGUGUCUUGGGGCUGAGACAGCCUGGGCUAAUCAGAAUACUGAGAAGCCAGGAACUCUAUCCAAAAAGCCAGUCUCUCAAAGGGAAGAUGCAAUAACCCAGAAAAGGUUAAGUGAAAUAGUGCCAGCUUCUGCUGUCAUGGAUGAAGCUGUGUUGGACCCUGUGAUGCAGCCUGGGCUUUGCUGCCCCACUGCUGCAGUCUCUCUGCCAGCCCUGUGCCAAUGCUGGGGGAUGCCAGGCAGGGAGGGGAGCUGGGGUGCAGGACAGACCCGUCGCCCUUGCCCUACUCUUACCUCCAAGCAGUGCUGAGGCCUGAGAGAAAUGCUUUUCUCAGCACAGUUCUGCUCUAGUUUCUCCCAAUUUGAGUAAAAAAUGAUCUCCAAGGGCUCCAUGGAGAAAACCAGCCCAGGAAGGUGACUUCACUUCACCUCAAAACCCGGUAAAGGUUGAAAGACGUCAUUCCUUAUUUUUACAUCUUUUCCCCUCUCCUUCUCACAGCAAAGCUCAUAGAGAUGUGUGAAAGACCUUUACCGUGGAGAAAGAGCAAGUCAUCCUCUUCUCCCUCCAGAUGUGGAUGCAGCUGUCCAAGUAACUCCCCUGGGAGUGUGGCAGACCUCACUGGGACUAACCAGAGGUCUGCAGCUGCAUUUCUGAGAGCUGCCGGUGACAGAAGUGCUUGUUUAUGUCUAAACCAGCUUAUCUCUGAAUGGAUCAGAAGUUAAAAGGGAUUCCAGCUUCCUUAUCAGAAUCUUUAUUAGGGAACCAGACUGUGACUGGUGGUGGUAGGAAUUCACUUACUGGGAACUGUCUGUUCCUCCUAACCCUUCACUAUUCCCCAUCCCUGGGCUUUGCCUGACCUGUGGGAAGGCAAGCAGGAGCUGAGCCCAGCUGGGUGACCAUGGUGAGGAUAUAGAGGUGCUGAGGGAUGUUGCCAUGUGGGGCAAGACAACAGGCAAGGGAAUGUGUAUGGAGGGAUGCUCUUUGUUUUUAGUCUAAUUUCUAUUCUCUUGUUAUUGAGAUGAUCCCUGGGAAUGAACUUAGGCACUGGUUGGGUAGUUGUCUGGGAUGGUAGCUAGCUAGUGGAAGGAUAAAGGCAAAUAUAUAGCCUCAGAUUUGCAAUCAUGUGGCAAACAAACCAAUGGAUAAGUCUUGGAGCCCUUUUAAACACAACUCAUAGAAUUUGGAUCAUUUUUUUUCCCUGCUCUUAAGCUGCAAAAUGUAAAUCACAACAUAAAAUUAUUUAUUUUUUUUUCUAAUAAACAGCAAUUUCUAGCACAGAGCAAGCAAGCAUUUUCACUGAGCUCAGCAAGCAAAGCCCACGAUCUGCCUGUUCCUGCUAUAAUGCUGAUGCUCUUAAGCUUAACGUCCUCCCUGCCCCUCAAUGCUGGCCCAGCAGAAAUACCUGCACACGCAGCAUCCUGCACAUUUUGGCAUUCCUACAGGAUUUGUGCUCAUCUUUUUCACUCCACAAAGAACGUGUGUGUCUCCUGCUUCCUCUCCCUGCACAGCACCUCUUCCACCCCUCACCACUGUGGAUGCAGUGGUUCAGAGGUGCUGGAUCUGGUUUAGCUAAGCCAAGCCUAGACUCCAACACCAACAAGACAAGCUCUGUUUAUUAUUAUUAUUAUUGGAAAAAUCUUACCAUGCUAUAGCCUAGACUCCACAUGAGCAACCUACAGUUCAGCCAGUCCUGCAAGUCUCUCUGGUCUGAAGGAGCACUGCUCAUACCUGCUCAGCUGGUGAGACUGCUGCCACUUUUCCUGCAAGGAGGUCCAUAAACAAGAGCCAGAUGCUGUGCACAGCCAGGCAUUCAUCCAGGAUCCUGCACAUCCUGGGAGCAAGACUGUCCUGCAUAGAAAGUGCAGCCUCAGUACUCAGGGACAAGGCUGCUUGGCUUUGUAAUGCAGCCAGCACAGAAGCAGGGACAUCUCAGCUGAACAUCUUGCUCUUCACCCCUCUGGGAGAGGACAGCCACAGCUGCAGGAACAGAGACUGCUCUGACUCCUGGGGUGAGGACAGACUGCAAAGGUGAUGAUGGCACAUCUGCUGGCGUGCUCUCAGCUGCUGAGAUAAAGACUUGCACAAGAACACAGCAAGAACCAUGGUUGUACUUCAUUGCACAAAUGAUCGACUCCGGUGCAUAAUGGGCUGCCUCCACUGCUCUGCCAGCAGGUGCAAUUCCCAAUGCAGACAAUAACAUUUGCCUAUUUAUGUCAAGCCCUGAUUACUGUAUUAUAUGUAAAACAGAUCUUUCUUGCAAGCCAAACAAGGGGGAGAAGAAAAAAAAAAAAAAAAAAGUCAGCUGUGACUCAUGCAAGUCAGCAGUGUGAUACCAGCCUGAAGGAGCCGUGCUGGGCUGGACACCAGCUGGCUGCCGCGACGGCAACAGCAGGCACCCUCCCUGCUCCAGCCUGGGCCUCCUGCUCGUCCUUCUUCUUGGAGAGGGGAGAGAGGCAAGAGCUGAUGGCUCAGGCUGGGCACUGUCACAGCCCUCAAACUCUUAGGCUGUCAAAAGGCAUCCAUGGGGAACAGAAAUGCCAGCGGUGAUGUAGGCUGGACGCGGUCUCCUCUGCUCACGCGUCUCCUCCACCUCCUCAACAAGGACACGGGGAAAGCUGGCGGCGAGCACACACGGGUGACCUACACAGGAGCCUGCUGUGCCUGGAGCCACGCCAGCAGGCAGCCCAGGAGGAACAGGCGUCUCUCACUGCCAGCAGCAGGCUCCAGUGGUCGGCAGAUUUGUUUUCCCGUUGUCGCUUGUCCUCGGGCUUUCCCCAAGGACAAGGCUGAGCUGCAGCUAUCGGAUCUCCUGGUGGUUUUUGGGCUUGGAUCAGGCAGGUUUACACCUCACUCAUGUCAGGGAUGAUCAUUACAGGCAUACCUUGCCUCUACACCUGCAGGAGCUGAGGCUGACCUCCCUAAAAGCAGAGGGGGGAAGGAAGGCAGCUGCUGGCACCACAGCAGAGGCAGCUCUCAUGCAUGGCUGCUCGCUGCACAGCACCCAGUCAGAGACAGACACUUCUUUUUUUGGGUGCUAGCACUCACCAACAAGUCCCUGGGCCCAGCUGCUGACAGGCACCAGACUGCCAGACCUGUGCCAGAGAGCAGGAUUUGCUCUUUUGACACCCUGUUCACAGAGACCUUCUAUGCUCCUCCCCUAUGCAUGGUGAACGUUUUCUUUCACUUAUGAACCUUCACCUGGCCCAUUCCUGAUGCCCUUUUCCUCCUGAACUAAUGUUCCUCCAUCCCUCCAACAGUCACAAUUGGCCCACCUCCCUGUCCCCUCUGUUGUCACCAGCUCCUCACUGCAGUGACUCCAGGAAGGAGCCAAAGCAGCUGAUGAUGCUUUUUUUGCUCAGCACAGAAACUGCCAUCACCCUCAGGCUUCACCCACGUGCCUGCUCAGCCAAGCCUGCCUGGCCCCACCUAAUGACCAUCCAUUACCUGCUGACACACAAAGCCUUUCAGCCCUGCUCCUCUUCACUUUGCCCUACCUCUUUAAUUCCAGCUCUGGCCAACACACCCAUCUGUCUCCAACCUACUACCUCAAAACAGGCCAAGUGUUUUACCGCCUUCAGCUGUUCCUUCAAGAAACUGCCACUUGAAACAGGGAAUUAAAGCCAACACAAUCCCUGAAAGCUCACUGGAACAAGGUAUUACCUUUUUAAAACCCCCAACAGGGAAAAGCAAAAAUAUGAAGUAUUGAUGUAAGGGGUUAAAGCAGUUUAUUCACAAGCAGUCACACAGGGAAACCAUUAAGGGAUAUUUCACAACCAAAGGAAGAGAGCACUUCCAGACAGGUCACAGUGUCUCCAAGCCACAAGUGGCUUUGCUCAGCAUCACAACUACAGGCAGGUGCCUGCUGAGCUGUCAGUCCUGCUUGUGCUAAUACAGACAGCCCCUGAUUGUGCACAAAGACAGAGCCCCUGGGUCAGGAACAGACACACGCGGUCUGAGCAUGGCAUCGACCUGACAAACAGCUCGGACAACAGCUAUCCCUGGAGCACAUUCCAAAUGUCCCAAGAAAGCACCACAGCAAGGCUGAGAUGGGCUCCAGGAGGUUGGGUCAGAUGAUUGCAAAAGCCCAAGCUGCCAUCCCACUCGCCUUAGCCCAGCCUGCCUCCAAAAAAUACAUGGCUCACCGCAGCGCCACGGCCAGCCGGGUGCUGGGACAGGCAGCAAAAAAACCCGAGGAAAACACUCCACUGAAGAUCAAUUCAGGCUCCAAAACGCUGACCAUAGACCAGGGCAAGUCUGAAACCAGAAAAUGCUUUAUUGGAAAGGUACAAAAAAACCAGUCACUGCAGCUAAAUUUACAGCAAUAAAUUACGUUGUGGCUGUCAAGAGAAGUAAUGGACACAUACACAGGGCUAUUCGCCUUACAAACAGGAAUCCACAUCGCUUGGUAUAUCAAUAAUUUAUUUUAUAAUAAAAAAGCAGCACAAAAAUAAAUAUUGAAAUGAAAUUACUGAGUAACCACAGAGGAUAGAAUGAGCUGGUGAUAAAAAACAACUUAAAACAGAAGACUUCUAUCAUUAAAAAAAUUAAAGCAAGUAUCCACCAUCUACGGAAACACCCCAGCAGACUGAAAUACAGACGAAGGAAAACAAAUCCACAUUACAAAAGUUUUUCGGUUUUGUUUUGUUUCUUUUUUUUUUUUCCUUUUUUUUCUUCUUUUUUUGCCUUUUUUUUUUUUUAAAUAAAAACAAUCAUGACAAUGAAGUUUAAAUGAUUCGAGAGAGAAAAAACUGCCACCUUCUCCUCCUCCCCGGCUCUGAGCCAUCCCGUGGCACAGCUCGCCUCCACCCCGGCCCACCGCCAGCGCCUCGUCCCUCCCGCCGUCCCAGAGCUGCUGUGGCACCCAGGUCUCUGCACUUUGUGGUCUCCUCCUGGCAGAUGCAGAGCUGGGCAGGAGCAGAGACGCUGCCUUGUUUCAAAGGGAUCUGGAGCUGCCCUGGAGGGAAAGGUUCUCCACUCCCAACAGAGAGCACAACAAACAUGUCUACGAGAACAGAGGUGUCCCUUCCCGACGCCUUCAUCUUCUCCUGCCUCCCACCCAGCCUCGCUUCCCACGUCACACUGCGGAUGGGGAACAACCAAAGAAAGGCCAGGCCCAGGGGAGAGGAUCCCAGCACCCAAAAAUCAGAGCCCCCGCUCCUCCUCAACAGGAUCGGGGGGACAAACUAAGAGGGGCAGAGAAGGGAGCCAUCCAAAGUACUACAGCAGAGAGAGGCGGGAGGUGCGGCUGCGGGACGUGUCCCAUGCCGCCAGCUCCCCACGCCGCGCUCGCCCUGGGUGUCAGACUGGCAAGUGCAGGACGGAGAGAAAAAAAAACAAACAAAACAAAACAAAAAAAUAAUUAAAACACAACAGAAACAAACCGAACCCCAGAGGAAUGCAACGCGACAACCCCAAGCUGGAGGGCCCUCCACGGAGGAGGGUGGAGGAGCUGGGUCUCCAACGUGAUCAACAGCUUUCGGGUCAUUCCUCCCUCCACAUUACCUUGCAAUUCUGAUCCCUCUGUGGAAGUUUAGCCAGGACAUUUCAUUCUCCUCCAGGUCACCACCCAGGGAGCUCUGGACUGGCAAUUUCUUUUAAUAAAGAUUUACAGUAUCAAACUUGGAAAAAAAAUUAUUUUUUUUCUUUUUUACGAAAAAUCUGUACGAUAAAAUGUAUAUAAUUAUAUAUUUAUAUAUAUAUUUCUCUCUCUUUAAAUAUUUCCACGUGGUCCUUAUGGAUAUCCAAUAUGGAUUACCUACCAUGGCUAUGGUAUCAACAGCUUUAACAACACCCAGGCCUCUUGUUCUUUAUCGAGUGACCAGAGAUUUAAGUGCCUACCAGCACUAAACUAGCAAUCACUUGGACAAGCCUUUGGCACCCUUCCAAGAACUUGAAAAAAAAGAAAUACUUGGCCACAAGGGAAGUGCCACAUAAAGAUAUGUUUCUCAACUCAUUCCAACAGCAAGAAGACCCCAGGAACAAAGUUCAACCUCUGUCCCCUUCAGUGAGACAGGUCUGAUUUCCCCGGAGGGGUGUCAAGGGCAGCCAGAGGGUGUUCCUAUCUAGCCAGGAAUGUUAUGGAGCUCUGGAGCUGUUUUAAAGACUGGAAGCAUUUGGGCAUUUUCAAGUCAACUGGCCUUUUUCAAUAAAGUUUUCAUUUAAAGCCCCAACAGUGCCAGGAGUCUCCAUUUUGCCUGUUUUUGGAGGCACCUGUAAGGUCUGGGAAAGUGUCCAAUGUCUGUGAGCUGGAGAACAUGAGAGGACCAGGAAAUGACCGUAACAUCUUUCUCUUCCUCAGCUUCUGCUGUGGGAGUCAAUAACUGGUACUGAUACACAGGACAUCGAUCUGCCUGUUUGGAGAUAGGGAGGGAAUGGAGGAGAAAUGAGGUAACACUAAGUGCCAUCCAAACUCUACGUGUUGGAAAAUCACUUGAAGGAAACUUCCUGCUCCCCUCCAAAACGUGUGGAUCUGGCAGGGGGAACGAGCCUUCAGGAAGCAUUUCACUGACACCCUUUCUGGCUCAGUAAAGUCACGGAUGUCGAUGUUGGGGACUGAAUGAGAACCAAGUCUGAGGUUUCUCUUUUCAUUAACCUAUUUCACAAAGGAUCCUCCUGGGAAAUCCAGAGACUCCGAUGACAAGGUGAAAAAAAAAAGAAAAAGCAAGCUAACAACUUCUUCCAAAGACAAGUAGGGCUUCACUAAAUUUCUACCAACUUACUGCCAUUCAAGGCAAGACAAAGCCUCAAACAACAAAUUAUACUGGGUGUCAGAUGCCAGUUCACUGUCCUCUUUCCAACAACGGUAGCACUUGAUUAUUCUCUUUCAGUCCAAACCACUUAUGAAUUCUCCGUGAUCUUUGUUCCAGAGCCCAAAUUCUCUAAGCUCUUCUCCUCACCUCAAAACCUCAGCAAUCUCAUUCUCUUCUCACCUGCAUGACAACAGGCAUCGUCCAUUCCAUAAGUCUCUGACCUGCCCUACAAAACACAUAGUCCCUUCCGUUUCCUACUUCAAGAAGGAAAAAAAAACAACAACAAAACACACAAA